UGUCAGUCAGUCAGCUCAGCUCGAAGCUAUUAGCUGUCUGAGUCUGCGUACAAAUUAAAACAUGGGCAUCUUCAGAAUUCCAUGUUCUUCCUUUAUUUCACUCUCUUCCACUUGUUAUAGCAAAAGCAAAAGAAAACAGCUCGUACCUAUUAUUUUUAUUUUUAAUUUUGGUUUAUCUGUCUACAGAUAGAGAAUCAAAUGCACUCUGGUGUUUGCUACUCCUUGUUAAUUGUUAUUGGGUGUGUGGUAACUGGGUCUUUAGCUGGUGACCCUUAUGUGUUCUUUGAUUGGACUGUUUCUUAUCUUACUCGCUACCCUCUUGGUGUUAAGCAACAGGUGAUUGGUAUCAAUGGCAUAUUUCCUGGACCAAUUCUUAAUGUUACUACAAAUUGGAAUGUUGUUGUCAAUGUCAAGAAUGAACUCGACGAGCCAUUGCUUAUUACAUGGAAUGGUAUACAACAUAGGAAAAACUCAUGGCAGGAUGGUGUUUUAGGGACUAAUUGUCCGAUCCCUGCUGGGUGGAAUUGGACGUAUCAAUUUCAGGUGAAAGAUCAGAUAGGAAGUUUCUUUUACUUUCCUUCCCUUAACUUCCAGCGAGCAGCAGGUGGAUAUGGAGGCAUCAUUAUAAACAAUAGGGACAUCAUUCCGUUGCCCUUUUUGGUGCCUGAUGGGGAUGUUACUCUUUUUAUCAGUGACUGGUUUACAAAGAGUCAUAAGGACCUGAGGAAACAUGUUGAAAAUCGAGAUGGCCUAGGAGUUCCCGAUGGUAUCCUGAUUAAUGGAUUUGGUCCUUAUAGAUAUGAUGAGGCGCUUGUCCGAGAAGGCAUUACUUAUCAAAUUAUAAAUGUUGAACCUGGAAAGACAUAUCGUCUUCGGGUGCACAAUGUUGGUAUCUCAACCAGCUUGAACUUUAGAAUACAAAACCACAACUUACUUCUUGCUGAGACUGAAGGAUCAUACACUGUUCAGCAGAAUUAUGAAAACAUGGAUAUUCAUGUGGGUCAGUCAUAUUCGUUCUUGGUUACGAUGGAUCAAAAUGCUAGCGGUGAUUAUUACAUUGUUGCCACUCCAAGAUAUGCCAAAUCAUCUGCUUCGAAUAAAGCUGCUGGAGUUGCUAUCUUACACUAUUCAAAUUCCCAGGGACCUGCCUCGGGUCCUCUUCCUGAUCCUCCUAAUGAAUAUGAUACAUUUUUCUCAAUGAAUCAAGCGAGAUCCAUAAGACGGAAUGUCUCAGCUGGUGCUGCUCGUCCAAAUCCCCAGGGAUCUUUCAAAUACGGUGAAAUUACAGUGACGGAUGUAUAUGUAAUUCUUGAUAGACCUCCUGAGCUUAUAGAUGGGAAACGGCGUUCUACUCUCAAUGGCAUUUCAUACUUGGCACCUUCAACACCUCUGAAGCUUGCUCAGCAAUACAACAUUUCGGGUGUCUACAAGCUUGACUUCCCGAAUAGAAUAAUGAACAGACCUCCCAAAGUCGAUACAUCUCUAAUUAAUGGUACUUUUAAAGGUUUUAUGGAAAUUAUCUUUCAGAAUAAUGACACCUCCGUCCAGAGCUACCAUAUGGAUGGAUAUGCAUUCUUCGUUGUGGGUAUGGAUUUUGGAGUGUGGACCGACAAUAGCAGAGGCACAUACAACAAAUGGGAUGGUGUUGCUCGCUCCACUAUACAGGUCUUCCCUGGAGCUUGGACAGCGAUUUUAGUUUCUCUUGACAAUACGGGCAUUUGGAAUCUCCACACACAAAAUCUCGACUCGUGGUAUUUGGGCCAGGAGGUUUACGUGAGCGUUGUAAAUCCAGAGAUUGAUGCAUCCGAGGUUCCUUUGCCUGACAAUGCCAUUUACUGUGGGCUAUUAUCAUCUUUACAGAGGGACCAGGCUCAGAGAUUUAAGUUCUCCGGUGCACCAUCAAUUCCAAAUGCGAGUAGAAAUACAAUUUUCAUUGCAAUAGUCUUAGCAUUGUAUGCGAAUUUUGUCGGGUAAUAGAUUUUGAAACAAUAGAUUCGAAAAGGUUUGAUUUAUUCAUAUUUGAAAUGAAUCUUCCACUGAGAGUAGUAUAUAUUGUAUCGCAGUAACUAACUUGUAUUAUAUAAUAUUGGUCUAAUUACUUAAAAAAACCCCACCUUAAAUUUUUUUUUCGUUUA